AUGGCGACCUCAGAUCGAACCCCAUGGAAAUGCAGAAUGUGCAAACAGCUCAGAAAACACAGUGCGCAGUAUUGCGUCAACUGCCAGCAACCAUGGCAGAAUGUGAUCGACCACUCCUACAUCCACGGUUCGAAGCAGCCGCAGAAUCAGGAGUACGGGCACUAUCAACAGUCACCAUGGCAACAACAGGACUGGCAAACGCAUUGGCAGACGUCGAAUGCUCGAGGUCGCACACCGUCCCCUCGACAACGACAGAGGCCAAAGAGUGCAAAAGGCAACAAGACUCCAAAGCAGGAGCCACAACAAGGGAUGCCACCUGCUCAGCAGAUGAUGAUGCCCACCAUGGCACCAGCCUACAUGGGAACAAUGCCGCAGAUGCAGCCAAUGUUUCCGAAUCCGUCCAUGCCAUAUCCCAUGCCCAUGAUGCCGGGGAAUUUACCUCCGCUACCACCACCGCCAUCCCAAAACAUGGCCAAGAUGCCGGCGCCAAUGCCGCCGGUUCCAGCCAAUGUGGGAGUGCCAACAGCUCCAACCAUGCCAACGAUGCCGGCACCACCUUUGCCCAAGAUGCCUGCUGUGGCGACAGGAUCAAUGAGCGAGGCAGAUGCCGAAGUGCGUGGCUUGAUGAGCAUGAUGCGAGGACGACAGUCCGAACUCCCGGAAGAUAUGCAGAAGAAAGUCCAGAAAGUCCUGACCAAGUACGGCCAACAAACCUCCACGGAUCUCCAUGCGGCAGUCACGGCUUUAGACAAUGCGAGGCACAACUACGACCAAGCAGUACUCGCCAGAAGCCAGCAUCAUGCCAUGUGGAAAAAGUUCCUGUCCGAUGCGGUUCAGCUCUGGCAAACUUAUGCUGCCCAAUUUAUGGAGCAGGAGAAGAAGCUUCAACACGAAGUGAAUGUCCACAAGGAAACACUCAUCUCCGCAAAGAAGGAUUUGGAGAAUUCCAAGAUGGCCAAGCUGGACUCAGGGGAUGUACAAAACAUCACAUCAGACGAGGAGACCGAGGACCCGGAGAUGUCUGCUGCGGCACAGGCCUCGAUCAAGAUCACGGAGACUAUGGAAGGCUGGUUGAGUAUGACUACAAAGUAUGCCAACCUGAAGCCCAUUGCCAAUGACUUCAACAUGAUCCCAGGUGAUGUUGCCGUCCUCAAGUGGUCCCACAGCAUUGUCGAUGAGCCCAAUUUUGUCAGUGAGUAUGCGGCCAUUGAAAAUGCAAGGUCUUUGGCCUUGGACUUGGGAUCCUAUGACGGACUACAUCAAGGCACUAUGAGAGCAAGAAGCACAUCCACAUGGGCACCAUCAUCACGCAAGAGCUUGGGUUUUGCUCCUGACGUUGACGUUCUGAUGGGUCCUAUGAAUGUCCUCACAAUGUACAAGGCCACAGUUCCAGAGUUUUGCAUUGGAAGUGGAUCCAUGCCUUGGAGCGCAGGUUUACUCAGGGGAGGCUCCUACGACAUCCGAUGGCGUGAAGAAUCGUCACCUUCUGACAUCUCAACAUGGUCUUGUCCCCGUGAUGCCACCGAAGCCACGACCAGUGUGUUCCCAGAUUCUGGUCCUGCUUCCAAUCUUCCGACAACAGGACAUGGAGUUCAUCAUGGUCCUGAAGCACAACCAGCAUGGUUCCAAGAUAUUUUUCAACUUCUUGCACAAGAAGGCACUGUUGAAGAUGAAGAAGAGGGUCCAACCAUCAUGGUCAGCUCCUACUUCAUCAACCAUCAGACGCAUCGUUUCCACGAUGAGCCGAGAAUUUUGCGUUUUGAUAUGGAAUGGCAAGAGUGGCACAAUGACAUCAAAUUCAUUUGGGAAGACUUGGUGGACAACAAUGCGCCUUUGGAAGUUGCACUUGUUCGCCCGCAGCCACCAAGCUUCCCCUUCAGAGCCACGAUUGCGACAGUCAUUGUUCAUCAACAUAUGAGUCCUGAACGGGCAGCAUGUCUCAUAACAGCUGUGCAUACCAUGGACCCUACGACAACGUUCCACGACACAGCUCAUUCUGUUGAACUACGUCUUUCUCCUGCACGAGUGCUUCAAUUGGCCAGCGUGGAUCAAAUCUGUGCUCAACGAGAACAACAAGGAGAUGACAUUACAAUUCCUGAAGAAGACCAUCCACGGCCUGCAUCGUCAUCAACUCCGGACAAUGCACCUGAAGAUGAAGUCUCCUUCAUGGGAAAAAGACCAAAGCCAUCUCAUUCAAGAGCGCCCAUUGAAGUGUCCUCAACCUCCUCAACUCCAUCAUCAACAAUGUCGAGCUCUGAUUGGAGAAGAACGGUCAUCUUUACCAUGGACAGCACAUCAACAUCUGCGAUGCUCCCAUGGCAUGAUCAAGACGCUCUUUUUGAGCACUUGGCCAUCACUUUGGACACCAGCAAGAAUGAGAUCCUGAGAGUCAUUGCGGUGCUGCAGAGACCCCAGGACUACGUCCAAGUAGAUCUCCACUGCUUAUUAUUGCAGAAACGAACUGAAUUUAGACCCACGCCUUUUGUACGCCUGGUCUUGGUUGACAGAGAGUUACAUAUUGCUCAAGGUGUCCAACCAACGCCCUUCAGACGCUUUGUGGCAUGGGUCCCGUACAUCACCACACGCUUUGGUCUUUUGCAAGAGCUGGGAAUGGGCACGCUAUGCCAUGAUCAGGAACAGCUCUGUCACGUUUGGCGGAACAAUCUUGCACUGGAUCGACAGUCCAAUUUGGACAUCCACAUCUCCGACGGUGACUACAUCAAAAUCUUUGCAGGCGAGCUUGAGAACCCGGAGACGUGCUUGUCUGAUUUGGAAAUUGACAUCAAUGACACUGAGGGAUCACUCCAUGAUGAGGAAGAAUCAGAGGAAAGUGAACUCUUCCAAACAGCCAUGUGUCAAUUGCAACAUGAUUGCUCACGUGCUCUUCAAACGUUGAAGCCAGACAUGUACAAAACUGCACCUUCUCAUGUCACCACGGUCAACCUGCUUGGGGAUACACCUUCGAAUGGAAGAGCGGAUCCACCAGAAAGGCCCUCUCAAGAUUUUCAUCGUGGUGACCUUGAGCGAUUCAUCUCCCUUUUUGAACGUGAAGCCCUCAUUGAAUGUAGUGAUGAAGGACUCAUUGCCUAUGUUGACACAUGGUACAUACAUCACCAGCGUCAAGGACUAUGUCGUGAUGCACGUCCCAUUCGACUUGGUGCAGAUCCAAAUCAAUGGAAGCAAGAAGUGUUAGCACUAUGGGAGGACACCAUUGAUCCAAUGAUUGCCACUACAAUUCAUUUGGUCCGACCAUCGCCACCGUGUGCCAUGACAGAAUGUGUUCUUGCUCAUUUGAUCCUGGAACAAUCCCAAAGACCAGAACAUGGAGUUGGACUGAUCACUGUCUAUACGGCCACUGCACGGGGCGACAGCACACAACACGUUGCACAUUCCCUGCCGAACAUCAUGACUGCCCAGAUGGUGCUCCGGACAGCAGAGAUGCAUUUGGUCUGCCAAUCACGACUAUGCUCUAUCACAUUGGGAGAUUUACCUUUUGCAAUGCAUGAUUGGGAAGAAGUACCACGUGCUGCAGGGCUGGUCAUCAAGAUCCGGCCACUACUCCUUUUUCAAGCUGACGAGGACCACACAGACUUCAUGCAGCGCACUAGCACACGAUGGCGACGAGCCCAGUUGCCCAGCGAUGGACUCAACUCGUCUUCAUCUGUGCAUAGAUGUACCCAGGGAGAUUUCCAAUUCAAUCCUGCAGCUCCAGCUUUCGACCCGGCAGUUGUGACGCCAACUCCGCCAAACAAUGAUGCAGAGACGGCGGCACAUGUGCUUUUGAUACAAAGGCCCCAUGAUGUUUUUGCCACGAUCUUGACCACAGUCCUGGAUGUGACGCAACCAGCUGACCUACCCUGUGAAGAAUCUCCUCCAGAAGAGGACCUGGUCGGACAAGGCACGGUCAUCGUCUAUGUCCAUUGGCCUCCAACUUUUCGUUCUGCCUCUCAACUGCCCACAUUUGUGGAAGUUGAGGCCCCCGGAUAUCCAAUUGCUGUGCAACGAGAGUUGAGAUGCUGGGGAUAUGAAGGAGAAGCCUAUCAAUGUGGACAACAUGAUGCAGUCUAUUUCAAUCCCAGAGUCUAUCAUGGCCAACAGAUGCAUAUCUACUGCAAUCAAGAUGUCACGCAGCCAAAUGGAAUACAUGUGCAACAUGGACCUGCUGCGGAAGACGAUCUUGUGCACAUGAAAGUUCUCAGCAAGAAGGGCUAUCGCAAAGCUGUCAUUGUGGAGCGCGACAUUGUCACUUCAUGCAUCGUGAUGCUUCACUUUCGCAAUGUUGAGCCGCAACAUGACCCAGGACCACAGAUGGAUCGGACGCCGACACCAUGGCCGCAGAAGCAACCUCUCCAAGUCAACAUGACGCUACCUUACUCCACACCAAAGGCUGAACGACCAGAGACUGAUUUUCUUCUUGCGUUUGAUUGUGAUGAGCUCCACAGGUUUUUCACAGCAAAGCCACUGCAGAUGAUUCAGGACAUCACGCCAUACGAUGUACCAGAAUUCAUUCAACAGGCUGUACAAAAAUGCAAGCCUCUGGAUCGACAUGAUCGCAUUGUCAUCUAUACUGAUGGUUCCUCACAGAGUCGAAGGAGACACCAAUCCCCCUUGUGGACUGAUCUCCAUGACGUGAGUGACGCCUGGUGUUUGGCCGUGUUUGCAGAGAAAUAUGACACGACAGAGACCGUUGAGGAGCCACAACUAGAGUUCAUCGGAUUGACAUGCCAGCAGAUCCUCUAUGAAAUCGAGAUCUUCCAGAUUUAUGUGAUGGUGGACUUGCUCUACUACCACCGGACCUUCCACCGAACACAACAGAACCGGCUCAGAGAUGCUCAAGGUCGACAGCCUCCAAGAUUGACAUUUCCCUCAGUUUUGCAACUGCGAAUGUGCGUACGUUCUACCGAGGCGAAGAGGGAAGUUUUGCGACUUGCUGGAGGAGAUUGUCAAGGACAACAUGGUGUCGAAUUGUGGAUUAACCUUGCACAGCCUUAUGGAUGGUGUCGAGGCAAACCACAAUACCUUGCCCGCUCUCAUGUUGUGGUGACACAUGCUGACCCACGCUACAUCAUUGUACAUGUCCAGAAUGAUCAUCUCGAUUUCUGGAUUGCAGUGAUCUAUGCGCCACAGAGUGGCAUCCCACUUUCUGAACGUGAAAAAUGGUGGCACAACCUCACAACGCUCCUCCAUGCGGUUGUUGGAGAAUCAGAUUUGGUCCUCUUAGCUGAUGCCAAUGCUGCAAGUGGACGUAAUGAUGGAUGCCAUGUCUUUCAAAACGAUGACUCAACAACAAGCGGCACGAGCUGCCUGCGAGAACUACUUUCAACACAAAACCUUUGUCUUCCAGCCACCAGCCAUUGUCAUCAAGGAGAACAUGAAACCUGGGUUUGCCCCGCAACAGGGCGAGGCCACCGCAUUGACUAUGUUGCCAUACCAGUGUCAUGGUUCCCGUCCUGCACACUGUCAAGAACUAUCCCAGACUUAGAUCUGGGCAAUGCAGGUGACCACACUGCGGUAGGGCUGGAAGUACAAUGGAGGUGCUUCACACAGUACACUCCCUCACAGAGACCUUCAACCAGAUUCUAUGAUCGAGGCGAUGUCCUUCGUAGCAAUCUGCAGGAUUUGCUCCUUGACUACAAACCACCGGCGUGGUCCACGGACAUUGCCACCCAAGUUGAACAUUGCAACAAGCAUUUGCAGCACGUUAUGAGCAGCUCAUGUCCGCAGCGUCAACAGGGCCCGAAGAAGCCUUUCAUCACAGAUGAGAUAUGGCAACUUCGAACACAAAAACUUCGUGCUGGCAGGCAACUUCGACAGCUACGCCGUAUUCAAGUACGUGAACUGCUGGCCCAAACUUUCAUUCUCUGGAAGGGUUCAUCGAAGGAGCGACCGGGUGCAGCUUUCCAUGUUUCUGUACGAUGUGCACAACUGAAACAUGGUGUGUAUUACCAGCUCACCAAUGCUGAACUACGGCAGAGCCUGCGUCGGGCCAGGAAAUUGGCAUUGCAACAAGCGAUUGAGGAGAUCCCUGAGGAUGCCCAUGCAGGCCUCAUUCUGCAGACUCUCAAGCCGCUUGUGGGACCAACCAACAUCAAGCACAAGCGUGUCUCGCCACUACCGAUUGUACAUGAUGCUGAUGGGCGACCAUGUCAAACCCCACAGGAGCUCAUUGACCGAUGGGCCAACUUCUUUGGUGCAAUGGAAGGCGGCACGAGGAUGGACCAGACCGACCUGUGGAACAUUUGGCGGAAGAAUCUGGAGAACUUCAUGCCCCAGAGCCUUCAUCUGCGUCCAGAAGAUGUUCCCACUUUGGUGGAUUUAGAACGAGCCUACCGCAGGGUAUGUGCAGGCAAGGCUAUUGGAGCAGACGAUGUUCCGCCGGAACUAUGUCAUGGUCACCCGGCUGCCCUGGCCCGUUUGACCUACACCCAGAUGCUCAAACUGGUAGCCCAUGGGCAGGAGGCACUCAUCCAUAAAGGAGGCCUCCUGGUCUCUGCCUGGAAGAAGAAAGGAGCACAACAUGACUGCAGCUCCUAUCGGUCACUGCUCAUUAGCUCCCACGUGGGCAAAACACUUCACAGAGCACUUCGUGAGACGCAAUCAAGUAUCUAUGAACAAUUUCUGCAAAAGAGCCAGAUUGGUGGACGAAAACGAGUACCAGUUGGCCUUGGAGUUCAUCAUGUUCGAGCAUCUCUUAGACGUGCCAAACAAAACCAUGCAUCAUCAGCUCUAAUCUUUCUUGAUCUACAAGAAGCAUUCUAUCGAGUUCUUCGACCUUUAGCAGUAGGCGGCUCCAUCAGUGAUGACAUCCUUGGCCAGAUUGCUUGCCGGCUUCAUUUGGAUCAACAUGUAUUACAUGACCUCCAUGACCUCAUGAGCCUUCCAGCAGCCACACAGCUAGCAGGUCUUCCCAAUCACCUGCAGACAGCCCUUUUGGCCCUCCACACUGACACCCAUUUCUGGGUAGCUGGACAGACAGACUGCAUACGUACAGCAGUUGGUACACGCCCAGGUGAUCCCUUCGCAGACGUGGUGUUCGGGUACAUGUUUGCCAGAAUUUUGAAGAAUGUGGAGGCACAGAUGAUCGAGGCUGACCUGAUAGAAGUUUUCCUUUCAGCGCCCACAGCUGGCCUAUUCCCUUCAGCACAAGAACAGGAGGCUCAACUCUAUAUGGGGCCCACUUGGAUGGAUGACCUCUGCAUCACCCUCUCAGCAGCAUCAGCGAAUGCGAUUGAGUCCAAAGCCGGCAUCGCUUGUGGCAUUUUACUCGAUGUAUGCCGCAGCCAUGGUGUCACGCCCAAUUUACAAAAGGGCAAAAGUGAGAUCCUGUUUGCCUUCAGAGGUCGAGGAGCACGUGCCCAAAGACAGAAGUACUUUGGUCCCCACAGUACAGGCAAGAUGAAUGUCCUGACUGAAGGGACCACGCAAGAGAUCUCUGUUGUUGGUCAAUACCAGCAUUUGGGAGGGAUCGUCCACCACAGUGGCGAGACGAGACAGGAGAUGCGCAAGAGAAUUGCCCAAGGACAUGCAGCUUUCAACUUACAUCGCAAGACGUUAUUUCAAAAUCCAAGUCUCUCACAGGCGAAGCGAGGAGAGCUGUUCCAGACUUUGGUGGUCAGUAAAAUCACCUAUGGUACUGAGUCCUGGACCCUCAUGGACAAGGCCAACAAGCACUUCUUUCACAGUGCAUACAUGCGGCUUUACAGACGUGUUCUGAAGCUUCCGCAUGAUCAACAGAUCACUGAUGAAGAGUUGAUGACACAACUUCGUUUGCCAUCACCCUCGACAGUGCUACGUGUGGCCCGACUGAGAUACCUGGCGCUUCUCUACAAGUGUGAAGAGGUCACCCCAUGGGCAGUGAUCAGAGAAGACACCGCUUGGAAGAUCCUCAUUGAGAAUGAUCUCCAAUGGCUAUGGAGUCUGGUGCGCUCUACCACACGCCUACCUGAUCCUCAGGAGUCUUUUGGUGCUUGGGAGAAUGUGCUCCGCUACCAUCGCACCUAUUGGAAGCGAAUCCUGCAGAGAGCAGUGCGUUUGGAAAUUCUUCAUGUGGAAGAUCAGCUAUUGCUACAACGACUUCAUCAAGCAGCUUUUCAGUUUUUGGAGGAGCUUAGCCCCUUCAUCUACAGGCCGCAGAUUUUUCAGCCGGCUCCAGAACAAGCUGAGGAAGUUUUUGGAUGUAUGCAAUGUUGCAAAAGAUUCCGCAGUCAUGGUGGAGAAGGCGCACACCUCUGCCGAUCCCAUGGCAUAGUCGCCCCCAUUCGCUGGCACUAUGCGGACACUACUUGCCCAGCAUGUUUAAAGGCCUAUCACACCUUUGACAAGCUCCAGCAGCAUCUACGACACAACCGAAGCUGCCGACAAUUGGUUCAAGGUAACCGACGACAUUCAGUUCCGGCACCUGGUAUGGGCUCUAUUCAGAACCAAGCACUCAUCCAGCAACACGAUGGACUUGCGCCACCAACACAGGCACAAGGACCUCAUGAUGAGCGCAGACGUCCGCAAAUGGAUGAGCUGUAUCAUUGGGACCUGUAUGAGAGCAUUGUCACAGCCUGCUUUGAUCAACAAGAUCAUCCUGACCGAGACCUCUUCACCUACCUGCAGGAGAAGAUCAUGGAGCAUGCCAUUGGAUGGACACAGACGAAGCAGACGCUCUGCUACAUCCUGAACAAUUUGACCGAGGAGGACGCUAUGUUGGCACACCUUGACCUCACCUAUUGGCAAUUGCUCCUACAGCGUUUGGGAGACUAUCGACAGUGGUCCUUCUUGCGAGAAGACAUUGCCGAGGAGGCGACCGCCCACAAUCUCAAACUUGAGCACUACGAGCAGUGGUGCCAAGAAUUGUGCACGCAUGAUCAGCCUCGGGUGCCACGAGAUCACAUUCCUCGUGUGCACUUCCAAGAACGAGUGAUAGUGCAUGCCUACUCAGGUAGGCGUCGCCACGGAGAUUUCCAGUGGUUCCUCGAGAAGAUCGCAGAGAAAAAGGAGCUGAACCUUCUCUACGUGGUCUCCCUUGAUCUGGUGAUCGAUCCUGAAUGGGGCGAUAUCGGCCGACCAGAGACAUAUUCCUUCUGGACGCAUGCGAUUCGCUCCGGCUACGUUCAAGGAGUUCUAGGAGGACCUCCCUGCUGCACAUGGUCUGCCGCGCGUGGCAAGGUCGACCACUCAAUGAUGAGGCAGGGACGAACUGGUCCACGCCCAAUCAGAUCCGCUCAGGAACUCUGGGGAUUUUGGUCACUCUCUCUGAAAGAGAAACGACAAAUUCUGGACGGCCAUAGACUGUUAGCCUUCAGUCUCCUCUGCAUGAUCCUUUUAGAUCAAGUUGAUGGUGCCGGCAUUUUGGAGCAUCCAUCAGAACCAGCAGAUCCAGACAGUCCCAGCAUAUGGAAGCUGCCGCUGAUUGACCUGCUCUUGAAGCUCCCGGGCUUUGAAAAGAUCGUCUUUGCGCAGGGUCUCUUGGGUGCUGAUAGUGCCAAGGGCACUUCGCUCUUGGUGCUCAACUUGCCGGGACUUCCUCUUGAGCUGCGCCGCCAUGCAAUCAGUGCUGAGUUGCCGCGUGGGCGUUCCAUCGGCCUGGAUGCACAAGGCAACUUCAAGACCUCAGUCUUGAAGGAAUAUCCACCGGCCCUGUGUAGCGCUUUGGCUACCAGUUUUGCCGAUUUUUUGCAUGACAGAAAUUUUUCACAGGUGACGGAAAGGCACUCCCUUCCAGCGGACGUCAAAACACGUUUGACGAAGAUGGUGAGCCAUAACUUUGGCACCUCCAUUGGUCCGGACUGUGUAAAGUAA